UUAUUUUUACCUUCUUUGCUUAAACAUAUUUUAAAUCUAAUAUAAUAAAAGUGACUACUAAAGAAUUGGGCAAUCUAGUGAAAAAUUGAUUAAUUUAUAGCAUAUAAUCUAUUUUUCGGUGCUUCCUGCCUUUGGCCCCACAACAACACUCUUUCUCGGGCCGCAAAAAAUGUAAACAACAUAAAAAUAAAUACAUAUGUACAUAUAUAUAAAUAUACGUUAAUAAUGAGAACUAGCUACAAGAAAAAUCGUCCCUUCGAUUUUAAACUAAUUAAUCUAGUUGAGCCCCAUCCGGUGCUUUACAGGCGCUCGGGUCUCUCAACAUACGAUGCCAUGAAGGCCAAAACGGAUAUCUGGACACAAAUAGCAAAGAUCAUGGGCUGCGAUGUUGACUUUUGCCUGAUGCGCUGGAAUAAUCUGCACUACCAGUUUCGCAAGGAAUUUCGGCGGGCGGACACCAAGGGAUCAAGUUGGCCAUACCUUGAACGCCUGCGCUUUCUGGCAAAUAUCCGACCUGGUGGUGCAAAGAGCAAGGCCAACGCUGAAGAUUCCACCACCAUUCCAUCACCAGACAAAACGAUGUCGACUCAAGAGAAUGAAGGUUCGCCAUCGGAAGCACCAAUAGUGGUGUGGGAGGAGUACAAUGAUGGCAGCGGAAUUGACCUCGAAAAUUCGUAUAUCAUCGAAGAGAUCAUUGAGGAAGCAAGCGAUGAAGUCAUGCAUGAGGAGAUCAUAUAUGAAGAUAUUGAGGAACAUAAAAUCAACAGCUCUGAAUCUGAUAAGCAGCAGAUGGUCGGCUCCCCCAUUUGCCCAAGAAGCUAUUUCUUUAAAAUGGACGAGAUCCUCGACCAGUUCAAGCAACCCCAGCGACAACGAGCUGAGCGCCGGAUCAUGGCCUUCCUGCUUAAGUGUCAGCUCCGUUCAUUGCACAAUCAGCCCGUGGAUGAUUUGGUUAUUUAGUUUAUAGGCUUUCACAUAUUCUCAACUUUAGCCAAAAAAAAGAACAGACUAAACAGAAACACUAAAAUUA